CUGGCAAUGGGCAGGGGCAGCUCUGUGUUUUUUCUCGUCUCUCAUCUCUCUCUCUGGUGGCCGAGAUGUCCUACGGAGGGUCCUCAGCUUCUUCUUCUUCCUCCCCUCAUCAGUGGGAGUAUGAUGUGUUCUUGAGUUUUUACGGUGAAGACACUCGCACCAACUUCACUGAUCAUCUCUUUAACUGGUUGGAUCGAGAUGGGAUUCACACCUUUAGAGAUGAAGAAGAGAUAGAGAAGGGAGAGGAUAUCUCUUCGGAACUGAUGGCAGCCAUAGAAGUUUCUAGGAUUGCCAUCAUCGUCUUCUCCCAGAAUUAUGCUUCUUCCACCUGGUGCCUUAAUGAGCUAGUGAAGAUCCUCGAUUGCAAAAAGAAAAACCAAAUAGAAAAGGUUAUGCCUGUUUUCUACAAGGUGGAUCCAUCUGAUGUCAGGCAUCAGCGUAACACUUAUGAGCAAGCAUUUAAGAGACACGAAAAGCGUUUCAAGAAGGAGAAGGCAAAGGUAGAGACGUGGAGGGUUGCUCUCACAGAAGCCGCGAAUUUAUCAGGGUGGCAUCAAAUAAAUGUUGCAAAUCGGCAUGAGGCGGAGCUUAUAAAGAAAAUUGGCGAACAAGUGUGGACAAUAGUGAAGCAGACACGGUUGUAUGUUGCAGACCAUCCAAUUGGGUUAGAUUCCCACAUUGAGCACAUAAGUUGUUUGUUAAAUGAUGGGGAAUUGGAUGUUAUUCGCAUCAUAGGGAUUUAUGGCUUUGGUGGAAUAGGUAAGACAACAAUAGCGAAGAGUGUUUUUAAUGAUAUGUAUACAAAAUUUGAUGGUAGCAAGUUUCUCGCUAAUGUUAGGGAGGUUUCAAGCCAACCAAACGGUUUAGCUCUGUUACAAAAAAGGCUUCUAUCUGGUGUCUUGAAUAAAAAGGAAACAUACAUAGACAUAGACAAUGUGGAUGAGGGAAUUACUAUUAUCAAAGAACGUCUAUGCCAUAAAAGAGUCUUUAUUGUUCUCGAUGAUGUGGAAGAAACAGAACAAUUCUAUAAAUUGGUUGGAGGGCAUAGUUCCUUUGCUCCAGGAAGUCGAAUCAUCCUAACAACUAGAGAUGAACGAUUGUUAAAUGGGCUGGUUGUGGAUGAAAAAUACAAAUAUAGAGUCGAGACGAUGAAUCAAGAUAAAUCCCUUCAACUUUUCAGUCAGCAUGCCUUUAAACAAAAUCAUCCAUCAGAAGAGUAUGUGAAGCUCUCAAAUGAUGUAAUAGAUUAUGCAGCAGGCCUUCCAUUAGCUCUUGUGGUUUUGGGUUCUCUUCUGUACAAAAGGAGUCAACUUGAGUGGGAAAAGGAGUUGAAGAAAUUAAAAAAGAUACCCAAUGAUCGAAUUUUAGAAAAACUUCAAAUAAGUUAUAAUGCAUUAGAUGAUUCGAACCGGACCAUAUUCCUUGAUAUAUCAUGCUUUUUCAUUGGAGAGGACAAAAAUAUUGUAAUUACAAUUCUAGAUGCUUGUGGUCUGAGCGGAGAAGUUGGAAUUAAACAUCUCAUAGAGAAGUCUCUAAUAACAAUUGAUGAAGAUAACAGGCUAUGUGCGCAUGACCUGAUUCGAGACAUGGGGAGGGAAAUUGUUCGCAAACAGUCUCGUGAGAAGCCUGGAAAACGUAGUAGACUGUGGGACAAUGAUGAUGUCAUUGAUGUAUUUAUAAACCUCACUGGAACAGAUGCAAUUGAAGGCCUUCAACUAAACUUGUAUCAUUAUAAUGUGGAAAAGUAUGGCCUGUUGACCUGUAUUGAAGGAUUUUCUAAAAUGCCUAAUUUAAGAUUACUCGAAGUUAGUAGUAUUCUAUUGUCCGACGACAAAAGAUAUUGGCAAAAUUCUCUUCAGGAGAUGGUUUAUUGUUUUAGAAACUUAGUUUGGGUUAGAUGGAACGGAUUCCCUUUUGAAUGUAUACCAAAUAAUUUUCAUUUGGAGAACCUUGUUAUUCUUGAAAUGCAACAUAGUAAACUCAAAGAAGUUUGGAAGGGAACCAAGCAUCUCAAAAAGUUGAAGGACCUCAAUCUUAGUUAUUCUCGCUACCUAACCCGUACGCCAGACUUCUCAGGGGUCCCGAAUCUUGAGAAACUGAUUCUUGAGGAUUGUGAUAGUUUGAUUGAAGUCCAUGAAAGUAUUAAUUCUCUUAAGAACCUUGUUAUUCUUAACAUGGAAGGGAGCAAAAUGAAAGAAGUUUGGAAGGGAACCAAGUAUCUCACAAAGUUGAAGGACCUCAAUCUUAGUUAUUCACACUACCUAACCCAUACGCCGGACUUCUUUGGGCUCCCAAAUCUUGAGAAACUGAAUCUCGAGGGUUGUGAAAGUUUGGUUGACGUCCAUGAAAGCAUUAAUCGUCUUGAAAACCUUGUCAUUCUUAACAUGAAAUGGAGCAAAAUCAAAGAAGUUUGGAAGGGAACCAAUUAUUUCACAAAGUUGAAGGACCUCAAUCUCAGUUAUUCUCGUUACCUAACCCAUACGCCGGACUUCUCAGGGCUCCCGAAUCUUGAGAAACUGAAUCUCACUGGUUGUGAAGGUUUGGUUGAAGUCCAUGGAAGUAUUGGUCAUCUUAAGAAACUUGUAAACUUGGAUCUACAUUAUUGCAAGAAUCUCAAGAAUCUUCCGAGUGGUAUUAGUAAAUUGGUAUCGCUUGAAACACUUGAUAUUUCUUGUUGCGAAGAACUUGAAACUCUGGGCAUGUUGAGAUGGGGUGGACUCGAGUCACUCCCAAUGCUUCCAUCAAGUUUACGUUCUCUUAAAGCAUCAGGUUGCUGGAAGUUGAGAAUGUUACCAAAUUUAUCAAACUUGAAGCACCUAAACAUGCUGGAUCUUUCAGACUGUGAUAAUUUGAUUGGAAUUGAGGGCUUAAAAGGUUUGAAGUCUGUGACUACUAUAAACCUAAAAUGGUGUUCCAAUUUGAAAUUUUUUGCCAGGAGAGACUUUCAGGUUUGUUUUCCAAUCUCUCUCUCUCUCUCUCACACACACACACACACAAGAAUGGGAAUUGGAUUUGAUUGGUUUGAUGGACAGGACUUUUGUAUAGACCUCCUUGGAAACUAUUACGUCUGUGAAAUCAGUUUGGUUGAAGAUGAAGUUCCAGAGUGGUUUAGCUUUGAAAGCGAGUCAGAUACAUGGGAAAAUCCAGAUUCAUUUUCUUGUCAGGUUACCACUCAACUUCAUAACAUGGAGAUGCAAGGGUUGAUUAUAUGCAUUGUUUCAGGUUACUUUAUUGGACCAACGAUUACAGAAGUGGUUGUAUUUCUUAAAACAAAGAAUUUUAUAUGGAGGCACGAAGUUAUAUUUGAACUUUACACAAGAACUUCGGUGAUCACGAUACCUCAUUGUGUUUGGAAGUCUAUUUCUGAAGAUGAUACUAUCAAUGUUUCAGUGGAGAAAGAAAAGUAUGGGCAUUUUGUGCUCAAGAAAAUUGGGGUCCAUUUGUUCUACACCUCUCCACAUGAGAAGGUAUCCGGGGAAGAUUCUGAGUCUAAUGCAAAGUUGUUGGCUGCUCGGGUUUCAGGUAUGGGAAGGGUGUAGCAAACUGGCCAUGGAAGGAGCUAAAGGUGUUGGAGAAGGUGUAGAUCAACUGAAUCAACCCCAACUUCAAUACAUGGAGGCAUGGAAGACAGGCUUUCAUGUUUUUUUUUUUUUUUUUUUUUCCUUUUUUUGGCUAGAAAAUAUUUUCUAUGCAUUUCUUCUUAUUUCAGUUUUGCUUUUGGUAAUCUUCUUUCUCCUUUCUUUAAUUUGUGAGGAAAUGAGUUGCGAAAUUCUGUUAGUAUAUGUUU